GGACAAGGCUGUUGACCCAGUUAAUAUGGGAAUCAUAGUAGUAAUAGUAGCAGUAUUCGUAGUAGUAGUAGUAGUAGUAAUAAUAAAAAAAAAUAAUCUAUUCUGUUUGUCCGUUCGGCUCGACGCGCGCGACACGACCCCGCAGUCCUUGCGAGUCACUACAACGAGCGAUACACGUUCGCGGCCGGGCUCAGUUCUCCGCAACAUGGCUCGGUUGCGCGCCGCACCAGCGCCCUGCACAUCAACAGCCGCACGGAUCCUGUCGUACGCCGCGGUGUCCUGCGUCCUGACCACGGCGGUCGCCGUGAUCGCGUCUCCAGAAGGGAACAACAACUCCACCGAUGUGGUCCGGGUGGUCCAGUUCAGCAAUAGUCUAGUGCCUCCUUUGUUCAACUACUAUUCCAGAGCCCGGGACAAUCUCGUUCUGGCGCCUUUCGGGGUAGCCACCAGUGUGGCCAUGAUGAUGGAAGGUUUGCAGGGCCGUGCCGCUGAAGAGGUGACUUCUUUGUUCAGACUGCAGGCCAAGGAAGCCCGCCAACAGUUGAGAAGAGGUUUUAAAACGAUUUUCGAUACUUUCGGGAGCGAUUCGGAUGGCGAUUUUUCCGGUUCCUAUAACAAAGCAUCUGUGACCAGCUCCCGUGUUAUGCCAUCGUCGUACAUCAACAAACUUUCGAAAUACUAUCAAGCUAAUGUUACUACAAUGCGAAGCGAUAAUUCAAAUAAUAGCUUAACCGAUAUUUUAGAAUUACGAAGUGACACAGGAAUAAUCAGCCACUGGAAAGAUUACCAAAAACUUGCCACGUACACUUACUCAUCAUAUCAAUCAUCAGCACCGUUUACGAAAUCUGACGGUUCAAUUGUUCAUGUCCCGAUGAUACCACAAAUUGGAAUGUUCAAAAUUGGAUACGUACCACAAUUGAAGUGUUUAGCCGCUGAGCUUAUGUUUGAGACCGACAAAGUCAGCAUGCUCAUUAUGAUGCCAGACGAUGUGAAUGGCUCCGACUUGAUGAUAGAGCGUCUCUCCAAGGACAACUUUCUGAAUAUCCUGGACUCGUUGGACUAUCAGAACACAGAAGUGCUGUUGCCGCAGUUGGUCGCGUUCACCGACGCCUUGGACCUGGAACCGUUUUUCAAGAAUCUCGGCGUGAAAACAGCCUUCGACCAGACGGCGGGCAAAACCAGUGGCGGAAAUGGUACCGGAGAUAGCGGCAACAGCACCGCAAAAAACGUACAGUUAAUGACCGGCCGCACGUCAUCAAAGUCUCCCACUGUCACGUUGGUAUCGAUGAAACAGAACGCGUACUUUUCAAUGUCGUUCAUCACCAUCAAUUCGGUCGGCUCCGUCGGUACUAAGUUAGGAAUCCAGCCAUCCACUCAGAGACAAAGGCGUAGUAUCUCUUCCAAAAUAGUAUUUGAUCGACCGUUCGUGUUUUUCAUAUUUAACAAACUAACUGGACUAAUAAUGUUAGCCGGAAAAAUUACAAAUCCAACCCAAGUGCCUUCUUAAUUAUUAAUAAAUACUUGUACAUUUACAAAUAGCUAUUGUCAUAGAAUAAAAAAAUAUAAGUAAUAUAUGUUUGCAUUUAAUUUAAAAUA